AUGGAUUAUCAGAACCGCGCAGGCUCCAAAUUUGGAGGUGGAGGUGUCGCCUCCUAUUCAGCCACAAAUGCCGACCGCCGCGAACGACUCCGCAAGCUCGCACUCGAAAACAUCGACCUGGAUAAGGAUCCAUACUUUUUCAAGAACCACGUCGGCAGUUUCGAGUGUCGCCUUUGUCUAACCGUACACCAAAAUGACGGCUCCUACCUCGCCCACACCCAGGGUCGCAAACAUCAAACCAACCUCGCGCGCCGUGCCGCUCGCGAACAAAAAGAGGGUAAGGGCCAAGAUGGCUCACUUUUACCAGCUUCCAUGGGCGUCCAGGUGAAGCGGAACACGGUCAAGAUCGGCAGACCCGGAUAUAAGAUUACGAAGACGAGAGACCCGUUCACGAGACAGCAUGGGUUACUGUUCCAACUACAGUAUCAGGAGAUUACACCGGGGGUGGUGCCGCGGGUACGGUUCAUGUCGGCCUUUGAGCAGAAGGUGGACAAUCCGCCAGAUAAGAAUUUUCAGUAUUUGCUUGUUGCGGCGGAACCGUAUCAGACUUGCGGUUUCAAGUUGCAGGCGAGAGAACUGGAUCGGAGUGAGGGAAAGUUUUGGACGUGGUUUGACGAAGAUAACAAGGAGUUUUGGAUACAGAUUAUGUUUAAGACAGAGAGAGAGGAGCGGUAUUCUGGUGUACCUGGUCUUGCCCCCACUCGACGAUGA